AUGUCCCUGAUUGAACGGCUCCGGCUGCGUGUCGGCAUUGGAAAUGAACUGUAUAGGGCCACACUGGCCGAGCUGUUCGCCACCGGAUUCCUCGUGUUUGCCGGCACUUGCGUGAAUGCGCAGCACGUACUGUCGAGUGGACGAUACAAUGCGUGGAUUGGGGUAUGCGUCGGCUGGGGACUCGCCCUCGCUUUUGCCGUCCAAAUGGCUUACAGGGUAUCUGGCGCCCACCUCAACCCGGCCGUCUCGUUUUUCCAGCUCACCCAGGGAAAAAUCUCGCCCCUGCGCUUCAUCCUAUUUGUCAUCGCCCAGAAUGUCGGCGCCUUUUUCGGGGCCGUGCUCACGUUUUUGGUGUAUUACGACAAAAUCAACAGCUACGACCGAGGGCGUCGCUUCGUCACCGGCGCAAACCGGACGGCCAACAUCUUUGGAACGUUCCCCGAGCGCCAUCUCUCCGUGUUGGGCGGGCUUUUUGAUCAGGUGGUCGGCACGGCGGUGCUGUGCAUGCUGAUCGCGUGCGUCGUCGACCGUCGCAAUCGCAUCCCGCCAUUCAUGCAACCGGCCUUCAUUGGGACGAUCCUGAUCUUGAUCGGCAUGACGCUGGGAAUGAACGCCGGGUACGCCAUCAACCCGGCUCGCGAUUUCGGGCCCAGGCUUUUCACGCUGAUCGCCGGAUAUGGAUGGGGAGUGUUCAGCUACAAUCGCUACAAAUGGUUCUGGAUCCCGUGGGUGGGCCCCAUGAUCGGGGCGGUGAUCGGCGCCUGGCUCUACGAGUUCUUCAUCGGCUUUCACAUCCCCGAUGACCCGGACACGUCGUAUAUCCACAGAAUCGUCGACGACCGCAACCCAGAAGGGAAUCUCCGCGAAAUCCACCUCAUCGAGACGAGGCCGGCCAGCGAGCGCCACGAUCCACCACCCCCGCAGCAGAUCGCUGCCCAGUCGCAGAAGCCGACAUCCUAUCGGAACCUC